CCGUUAAAUAGUUUUCUAGAUUUCCCCAUUUUCUUCGACUGUUCAUAUGUAUAAAUAGAUACAUACACUUGAAAAUCAACAAAAUUGCAAAUCUCUGUACCCUUUUUUGUACCUCGCCGGCGCUCACGAAGCCCUAGUUUCUCUCUCCUCUCUCUCUCUCUCUAAAUUAUAGAUACAAAUCUUGUCUCCGCAGACCGGAAUUUCUGAUCUCUUCGUUGAUAGCGGAAUUGCUGAUCGAAUCCAAGGCGUGAGAAUUCACCGAUCUGUCGUAUCGAUUGCGGUGUUUCCAGAAAUUAUCGGCUGAACUAGUUGCAGAAGUAAUUAAUUUUUAAAUGAUAUUCUGCUGUCCUAGGUACAUGGAAUUGUUGUGGAAUUGACAUGCACUGCUGCUAAUUAGGGAAAAUUAUAACUUCUACAAACAAUGGAUCGCCGUGAUACUUCUGGAUUUGUUAGCGGGGGUGCGGUGUGCUCUCUCAGAGACAUCUAACCCUAGUUAGUUUUUGUAGAUAUAUUUUUCUUUUUUUAACCCGGAAGUCAGGCAGACUGUUCUUUAGCAACUAAGUUUUGGUUCAAAUACAAGCAUUGGACUGUAGCUAUUUGGUGAUGGAUGCCAGGUUCUACAAUCUGGGUUUUGCUGCUAACCCACAAUCGAACGCAUUCAAGAAUCUGUGCAAUUCCACCCAAAUUGGAGGAAAUGGAGCUGAAGGUGUGUAUUGUGCAGACACAACCUUACGACUUGAUUCACCUGCUUUUCCAAGCCCCUUAGCUUCUACUUCAAUGGGACUCAAAAGGAAGUGGAGCUUUGUAGAUGGGCCUGAAAAUCAGCAAGUCGAAUCUUCACUUUGUCUCCACCUUGGCCAUUCAUCAAGCUCAUCAGACAGCAAGGGGAGCACAGCAACUGCAUGCACUUCUAUGUCUUCAGCCAAAGAAACUGACGAGGAGUCCUCAAUGGAUCUAGAACUGGAUUUCACUCUCCAUCUCGGCGUUGAAAAACCAUCAUUCUCAGAGAAAUCAGCCAGCUUUAAUCUGAAAUCACUGAACGAGUGGCCUAAGGUUGAUCUUCAGUUGGGCCUUUCCAGUGGACCUGCUUUAUCUGACAUUACAACUGUCCAUCCAUUCCACACCGCAACAAACAACGCUGUCAACAUGGUUACUGACAAUGAAGGUCUGGACACAGAUGAAGGUUCAACAGGAAAUCCCUUUCUGCCAUUGCACACUGCACGGAACAUGGAAAACAUUUACUUUUUUGACCCGUCUGUCGGGCAAAUGAAGCCAAACACUCCUGUUCUCUCCUCGAGCAUAGUAACAGUACCGAAAAGCUCAGUCACCUGUACUUCCGGGAUAACUCAAUCACAACAGCAGCGUAGUAGUUGUAGCAAUAGUACUAAACAUUGUCAGUUUCAGGGAUGUUCGAAGGGAGCAAGAGGGGCAUCUGGUCUCUGUAUUGCUCAUGGGGGCGGUCGGAGGUGCCAGCGCCCUGGCUGCCACAAAGGAGCCGAGGGCCGAACCGCCUUUUGCAAGGCUCAUGGUGGCGGCAGAAGGUGUGAAUUUCUAGGAUGCACAAAGAGUGCGGAAGGGCGUACGGAUUUCUGUAUCGCCCAUGGUGGAGGCCGCCGCUGCAGCUACGAGACUUGCACUCGUGCUGCCAGAGGGAAAUCUGGGCUGUGUAUCCGUCAUGGCGGUGGAAAGAGAUGCCAGGUACAAAACUGCUCGAAGAGUGCGGAAGGUCUUUCUGGUCUUUGCAUCUCUCAUGGAGGCGGUCGAAGGUGUCAGUACCCCGAGUGCCACAAGGGGGCUCAGGGAAGCACAAUGUUCUGCAAGGCUCACGGUGGCGGCAAACGCUGCACACACCCUGGGUGCAAGAAAGGUGCAGAAGGUAGCACUUCGUUAUGCAAAGGCCAUGGUGGUGGGAAAAGAUGUUCGUUCCAAGGGGGUGGACUUUGCCCUAAGAGCGUGCAUGGUGGGACCCUCUUUUGUGUGGCGCAUGGGGGUGGAAAAAGGUGUGCUAUUAGCGAGUGUACGAGGAGUGCUAGGGGUAGAACCGACUUUUGCGUUCGCCAUGGUGGCGGCAAGAGAUGUAAAUACGAGGGUUGUGGGAAGAGUGCGCAGGGAAGCACUGAUUUCUGCAAAGCCCAUGGCGAUGGCAAGAGAUGCUCCUGGGGUAGCCCUGGUUCUGAAUUUGGCCUUGGUGAUAAUCCUUGCAACACGUUUGCUAGGGGUAAAACUGGGCUUUGUGUAUCUCAUGGUGCUUUGGUUCAGGACAAUAGAGUUCAUGGUGGUGGAACUGUCGGAAUUGUCGUUCAGGACUUUAAAGCUAAGAAACCAGUCUUUACAGUUGAAGACGGGAGUGUUGUUAUGAAUUCCGCUGACUGUUCAAAUUAUUUCGGUUACCAGCCAACUCAUAUGCCUUCGGGAAGCAACCGAUCAUCUGGGAAGGUUCCGGAAGGACGUGUGCACGGAGGGAAUUUGAUGGCAUUGCUUGCUGGUGGUCCUGGUUUCAACUUUCCUAGCGGAGAUAUGGCGGGUCCCUCCGAGCCGGAGAAGUCUUUCGUGACACAUCAGACCUGGAUGUAAGGCUAUCCUUUUAGCCCCUUUUUUUUUUCCUUCUUGUUAAAUUCAAUUUCCGAAGCCCUGUUUAUUAGACGCAUGUUGUGUUGUUCCAUUCUCUUGUUUGUGUAGUGGUUUUUGAACGUGAAAAAUCUCGACUGUUAUUUAUUUGGCAUAGUUUGCAACUUAGGGAAUGUGUGGCAAUAAAUGGAGAUUGAAACUGCUUGCUUGAGUGUGGCUUAAUGCCGUUCUUUUGUCUUGUAAAUAGUCACGUGUUGUUUUUCGAUCUUCGUGUUGGUUUUUGCGGGCCCGUGUUGGGUCGGAACAGAUAUUCUGUUGUAAAAAUAAAAUUAUGUUUGAUGUGCAAACAUUUUGAUGAA